UUAGAACAUGUUGCAGUGGAUAAACAUGUUUCACAUGUUUCAGAAGUCAGAACUGAUUGAACGCGCCAUUUUGUGAAGUGGCCUGUUCGAGUCUAUGCAAAGAUUGUGGCUGAAGCCCAAAUAUCCAUGGUGACAGUGUGGUCGCAUGUGGUCACCUUCCGUGAGCUAUGCAGCCUGCGGAGAUCCUUGAGCGCAGAUGGACCAAGGAUGACUACACGACCUUUAUACUUCAUGCUAAGAAAAAGUGGCAAAAAGCCCUACACUUGCUGAAUCAGGCAUGUGAUGCCUCACUUUGGCCAAAGCUCAUGGCCUUUAACUCGGUUAUCAACGUUUGUGGCAAGGCAAAGCAGUGGAGAAUGGCUAUUUCUGUCUUCUCAGACCUCCACUUUUUCUCAGUUUGCUUAACUCGUCUUCAACCUGAUGUUAUUUCAUUCAGUGCCGCGAUCGCUGCGUGUGAAAAGAGUCAACAAUGGCAGUCAGCUUUAAAGCUUUUCGAGCAGCUGUUGGAUGAAUCUUUGCAGCUGGAUAUCGUCGCCUGCAACUCUGCGGUCAGUGCAUGCGAGAAGGGUAGUCAAUGGCAAGCCGCCUUUGGUGUGCUCUAUGAUGUGCAGAAGAUUGACUUGCAGUUAGAUGUCAUUAGCUUCAACGCAGCUAUUAGCGCAUGUGGCAAGUCAAACCAAUGGGUUUUAGCUUUGCAAUUGCUAGAUGACUUGCACCGUUCUCGACUUCAAAGUGAUCAAAUCAGCUUCAAUGCAGCCCUUGCAGCGCUUGGUGCUUGUGAAGAUUGGCACAUUGCGUUGCAAUUGCUGAUCCAAAUGGAUCACUGCCGCCUUCAACGAGAUGCAAUCUCGUUCAACGCAGCUAUGAAUGCAUGCGCUGGAGAUUGGACGCGUGCUUUGGGGCUUUUUUCGCAGAUGCGGCUUUUGCAAGUCAGUCCACAGCUCAUCACCUUUAGCACUGCUAUUACAUGUUGCAGCCUGGGCAGUGAAUGGUCAGCUGCGUUGCACCUUUUCCAUUCACUUGCCUCACCAGACUUAAUCGCUUUCAAUGCGGCUAUCAGUGCAUGUGAAAAGGGAGGAGCAUGGCAACACGCGUUGCAACUCCUUCAAAAUGUUCAUGUGCAGACCUUACAGGCAAACCUCAUCACCUACAACUCGGCUUUGAGCGCUUGCGAAAAAUGCCAGCAAUGGCAAGAAGCCAUUGUCAUGUUUUCUUCCCUUAAGACUAGGGAUACAAUCAGCUAUAACGCUUGCAUCAGCGCUUGUGGGAGUGCUGGUGAGUGGCAACAAGCCUUGGUCUUUCUAAGCGAGUUGCAAUCGCCAAGCACCUGUGGUCCUGAUGUCGUGACCUGUGCGGCAAGUGUGAACGCAUGUGCCCAUGCGGGUCAUUGGCAAGAGGCUCUCCUGAUCUUCCUCGACUUGCGAAGGUCUGGCACCAAUGUUAUUGCGUACGGUGCUGCUGCUAACGCUUGUUUCGCAGGGGCUCAGUGGCAGUUUGCUCUUGUUUUGCUACGGGAAGCGAGAGUUAAAUCACAGAAGAGUGUGAUCCUCUACAACACGUGCAUUGCUGUUUGUGAAAAGUGCCAGCAGUGGGAAAUGGCUUUGGAGCUUUGGAAAGAGCUUCUGGCCCAAAGUUUGGAGACAGAUGUGAUGACAUACAGUGGUCUCAUCAGCUCCUGCACUACCUCAAGCCAAUGGCAACUCGCGAUGGAAUUGGUCAAAGACUUCAAGGACAGCAACCUACAGCCAGACACUGUCGUCUAUAAUGCGGCCAUCACUGCAUGUUCCGAAGGAAGUCGUUGGGACUUAGCACUGUCUUUCCUGAGCGAACUCGACCACGCAAUUCUGCACCCGGAUGUACCAACCUACAAUGCAGCCAUUGCUGCUUGUGACAGGAAUUGCUUUUGGCGCGGAGCCCUUCACUUACUUCAAGAGAUGAGCCUUAAGGCACUUCAAAGGAAUAUCAUCACAUGCAGCACUGCACUCCGUGCCCAGCCAGAAGGGUACGAGGCAGUCCUUGGCAGUUAGCUUGUGCUGGGAGAUGCAGGAAACUGCACUUUCCGGCUUUGCGUGGGAAUCCACAUUUGCAGCACAAUAGAAUGAGUUCCUCACAGUUUAAUUCGCAUGUCAAUCCGAAUGCGGAGUUUGACAAUGCCUGACCAUUCGGGAUUGACACCUGUGAAUGCUUUAUGCUGCUGGAGAGCUCCAUUCACAUGCAAUUCGAUUUGCAGGCCUGAGGGUUGAUUGAAUACUUCACUGGGUGAGCAGACAAGACUCCCACAUCCCACACCACACAGCAGCGGGU